CCCGAUGUAACUUCUCCUUCGCGACUUGACUCUUGACGAGCUUGUCUGCUACAUAAGCCACUAGCGUACGAGGGCGCCGCUAUCACCUCACACCGCUCCCCGUCUCUCUUAUCUGCCUUAGGCCAUGAUUUUCUCGGUCUUGAAGCUACUCUCGGAACUCAUGGGUGUCCUCCUCAGCAUUGUGACGCGGACCCCAACACACAUGAUCCAGAUUCACUAUGGGGAAAAACCUGCCUCCAUCGAGAUUCGUCAGCCAGAUGGCUCUUCCUCUGAAGAUAAUCUGAAAAACCUGGUGGAGAAGAGAGUCCCCAGCCUUUUCUCCAAGUUUGAUCGCGUCUGGUAUCUUUUCAACGGCCAUCUCCAAACGCUUUACUGCGUUCUCGGGGAUUUCACCAAGACAGACGUGGUCCAAUAUAACCGAAAACUGAUACGCUUGAAAGAGGGAGGAACGCUCGGACUGGACUUUGCGCCAUCCGAUUCCUCACUUGCCAAAGAGGACGCUCCCAUCAUCGUCGUGCUGCAUGGGCUCACCGGAGGCAAGUCGGCUCAUCAUGACACGAUGAUCGCGUUCCUACAUCACGUCGUCAGGAUCUUACGAAUCCUACGUGCUGGUGUCCCUGUGUCUAGUCCUCAAUUGUACUCUGCAGGGUUCACUGGCGACAUUCGUGAAGCUUUGGUGUUUAUCUCUCAGUUGUAUCCCCGUGCACCGCUGCUAGGGCUCGGAUUUUCUCUGGGAGCAAAUGUACUUACUCGCUAUCUCGCGGAGGAAGGGGAAAACAGCCGUUUGGUCUCAGGUUGUGUUCUGGCAUGUCCCUGGGAUCUUUCUAUGAACAAUGAAGGCUUGAAGCGAAAUAUGAUUGGUCGGGUCUACUCGAGGGCCAUGGCCACAAAUCUGAUCAACAUUGUCAAGAAACAUGAGAAGAGCCUUUCCAAGGAUCCAAACCGCUUGGUAGCCCAGUACAUUCCGGUCGUCUACGAACUGCAGAAACCAUUGCUUGAAGAGUUCGACGAAAACUUUACUCGCAUUGCAGGUGGAGCUCCUCCCGACUUUCCAUACGCCUCUGCUCGGGAUUAUUAUUUAGGCGCAUCAUGUCACAAAGUCGUUUCUCAGAUCCAGGUUCCCUUUCUCGCGGUUAAUGCGGACGAUGAUCCAGUCGUUCAGCAUGUCCCGAUGGACGGCGGAGGGAAUGGCAAGGUGGUCAUGGCCCUCACCGCUUCAGGCGGUCAUCUGGGCUGGUUCCAGAAAGGGCCACACUCCAGUCGUUGGAUCACCAAGCCUGUGUUAGAAUGGCUCGUCCUUUGUGGUGACCACAUGGUGCAUUCCCACUUGCCACGGGGUAUCCCAGUGCACCUGAAGGACGGGUUCUAUGUGGAGGAAGGUCGUGACGGAGGCUGUCGAGAAAUAGAAGGUGGAGGACUCGUAGACGCCACUUCUUGGGCCGGAAUGGACAUACAGGGUCUGUAG